AUGACUACGUGCGAUUCCGUGCGACACAUAACUAACUUGACUCUCUGGUUGGAGGACACAAACUAAGCUCUAGUCAUGCCAAGGCAGAAAUACGAUGUCAAGGCAUUCCAGAAGGACGCCCUCUUGGCUCAUGACAAAUUACGAGAGAAUCAUGGCGCCCCGCCCCUCAAACUCAACAAGGACCUCACUGCGCAUGCCCAGCAGUGGGCCGACCACCUGGCCGCCACAAAUACAAUGGUACACAGUAAACAACAGGAAUACGGUGAGAAUAUCGCCAUGAAAUACUCAUCCGCUGGGACUGAAUUUUCAGGUCAGGAGGCAACUGAUGACUGGUAUUCCGAGGUGAAGGAUUACAGCUUCAGUAGACCUGGAUUUCACUCGGGUACAGGUCAUUUUACCCAGGUUAUAUGGAAAGAUACCAAGGAGCUGGGUAUUGCUAAGGCAAUUGCAGGAAACGGCAGAGUCUUCGUGGUAGCCAACUACAGACCACCAGGAAAUGUGAUGGGUCGGUUUCCUGAGAAUGUCUUGCCUCCAAAUUCUAAGAUGUCUAAAGUAAAAGAAGAUAAGAAGAAGAAAAAGGGAUUUUUCGGAAAGAGGAGGGGUUCGACCAGCUCUAGUAGUAGUUCCAGUAGUAGUGACGAUGAGAAGGGAAACAAGUUCCGUCUCAAAAAGAAUGGGACAAGCGGAGACAAGAUCGACACCAAAGUAUCCAAGUCCGAACUGAAACAAUUCCAAAGGGAAGCCCACUCUGUCACUAAUGACUAUCGAUCUAAGCACGACGUUGAUUCGUUGGAACUGUCAGGUGACUUAUGCAAGGCUGCACAGGAUUGGGCAGAGCAUCUUGCCAAGAAAGACUUAUUUGAACACAGCAAGAGCAAGGACAUUGGCGAGAAUGUGGCGAUGCAUUAUUCAUCAGCUACUACUGCAUAUUCAGGAAAACAAGCUUGUGACCAGUGGUACAGCGAGGCCAGUUUGUAUGACUACAGGAAUGCAGGAUACAGCAGUGGCACGGGUCAUUUUACUCAGAUGAUUUGGAGAGGUUCGAAGGAAUUUGGCAUCGGUAAGGCCAUAACUAAAACUGGUAAAGUGCUGGUCGUUGCACAGUUUCGACCGCCAGGUAAUGUUGUUGGGCGGUACGAGUCGAAUGUGUUCCCCAGGAUUGACGGCUACAGACCGCCUAGUGCAGCUCCCUCAUCCAAGGUGACACGUGUCGAUCGCAAAACUCAUUUCGUAGUUGAGGACCACCCUAAGACUGUGCCUGAUAGAAACAUGAACACUGCAAUUCGACAGAUGGGCGCAAUCAAACUUAAAGGUCCCGACCUGUCACCUUCUGAUCUGAGAAAGUUCCAACAAGACGCUCUGGACUCGCACAACAAAUACCGUUCACGUCACGGUGCUGCCAACUUGAAGCGAUCUUCUGAGCUGACAAAGAGGGCGCAAGACUGGGCAGCGCAUCUAGCCGAGAAGGACGAGUUUAAAAAUAGUGGCCAAUCAGAUGUUGGUGAAAACAUCGCUAUGCAUUACUCAAGCGCCAGUACAGCGUUUUCAGGUGACGAAACAUCUGAAAUGUGGUAUCGACAAGUCAGCAAGUACAACUUCAAGAAGCCUGGUUUUACAUCAGGGGCAGGCCACUUUACUCAGAUGGUCUGGAAGGACACCAAGGAGAUGGGUAUCGGGAAGGCGAUCACCAAGGAAGGCAAAGUCAUCCUGGUCGGCUUCUACCGCCCUCCAGGAAACGUCAUGGGACAGUUCGAAAGUCAAGUGUCGAAGGAGAAAUAAAUUUGACCUCUGAGGUCAAUAGGUCAUCGACUAAAG